UCAAACAAAUCUGACAUUUGACAAAUAUUUGUGAACAUAAAACAAUCUCAAUUUUCGAUUAUAAAUAUAUUCUCUACGCCUCAACAAAAUGUCUGAUUAUGACGAUAUGGACUCUUGUGAUUUCGCACACAUUUCGGAUGUAGAAGCUGGAUCAGCCCCUGAACCUGAGCAAUUGGCACUUCUUCCACCCAAUCACCCACUAUUACGCAAAUUUCAACAGUCUUUAAAAGAGCAUCUUUUACGGACAAAAUGUGAAUUGGAAAACGAAAUCGCAGAAAUAAAACAUCAAGUGAAACUUAAAGAACAACAUCGAGAAGAGCAGGGUUUGACUUUAUAUGAUAUGCAACAGAAAAUGGGGUUUCAAGAAGAACAAAUUAAAGAAAUAUCUGCAGUAAUUGAGAAACAUAUUCAGAAACGCCAAAUUGAAGAAUCCACUGUGACUACGCUUAAGAAAGAAUACGACGAAAAAAUAAAACUUACUAAAUGUUUUAAGACUAUGUACCAUGAACGAAUGGCAGAACUUGAACACUUACAAAAUUUAUGUAGUAAUAUAAAAAAAUGGGCUUUUGAUGUAGAGGAUGAAGUUAAAAAUGCGAAACGUAUUGUAAGCAGAGAUUCACAGUUGCAAAACCAGUUAUCUCAGGAAAAAAGAAAAUCGGAUAUACUCUUUUACCGUUUGGAUAUGGAAGUUAAAAAAAGAGAGGCUGAACUGCAAUCAAUUUUUGAUGAAGAAAGUAAUAUGAAAGAAGUUGUAAAUAUUUUGAAUAUGAGUAUAGCAGAUGCCAAUACUGAUCUAGAAGUUUUGCAAAAUGAACACAAGCGCCUUACCCAAGCGUGGGGUGAUGUUAUUAUAGCAAUUCAACUAAGGGACAAAAUAUUAUUUCAAGUAAAAGAUACUAUGAGAAAGUACAAGGAGUCAAUUAAGCUAAAAGUGACUGGGAUUGAAGCAAUUAAAAAACAAAUAGUAAAAGAAAUGGAAUUAAAUAAAAAAUUGGAAUCCUUCAAACAACGACUAGCUGAAGAUACCAACUCUUUGCGCCGUGACUGCCAAGAAGAAAAUGAAACGCUACUAAGACUGGAAGAGAAACUUGAUGAGCUACCGGUUUUUUUAAGCAACACAGAAGCUGAUCUACAAGAAGCAAUAAGGGAGGGAAACCGUUUGAUUUCAGAAAUUCGAAAGCUUGACUUUUCAUUAGAUAAAUGCCAGAUAAAAAAAUUUAAAACUGAAGAAACCAUAUUAAAAAGAGCUGAGGAUCAUCUUAUAACUGAUAAGGCUACUGCCUACCGUUUAAAAUUAUUAAACAAGUCACAGGAACGUCGACGAAAUGUUGACUUAUCGUUGUCAAAAGUACAAAACCAAUUGGCAUCAUCUAUGCUCGAUGUUGAAAAACUUCGAAGUUUCGUAUUUAAUUCAAAAUCGUAUAAUAGUUACGUAAAAUCAAAUCUAAAUAAUGCUGAAAAUAAAUCAUCUUCAUUAGAAAAUGAUUUAAAGAAAAUGCAUUCACAAAUUCAAAUAAAAAUGAAAUUAUUUGAAAAAGUCACCAACAAAAUAGACAUAAUGCAAAAAUUGUUUGGUGAUGUAUUCGGUAGUCCGACCGAAAUAAAGAUAAAACAAAUUGAAAAAUCAAUCCACACAGGAGAGUUGCAAAUUCGAGAGCAUCAGCAAUUUUGGAUUAUGUUGCAAAAUCAUUUCGUGAAUUUGUCUCAAAAAAGGAAUGACCAGCUUAAUGAAAUACAAGUAACACGAAAACAAUUAUCCAUUAUUAAGCAAAAGUCUCUAAAAAUUGAUCAGGAGCUUGAAGUGUCAGAAGGUAAGACAAAGGACCUUAAAUUAUGCAUACAAAAAUUUACUUCAAAGUUGGAACUUCUAAAUGAAAAAAUAUACAAAAAAAGGAUUCACCACGAUUUUGAAGAAACUGAGUUUGAACACGAACAGACUGAACUUAGCCAAAAACUCAAGGAUACUGAAUUUGCAAUACUUAAGUUAGAAGGAAGUAUUACAGAAAUGCAGCACGAAAUUGAGCUACACAAGGAUUUGGUAAUAGAAAAUCAUAGAAAAGCUUUAUCGUGGGAAACAAAAUAUAAGCUUCUUGAGGAAACAAUCCAAUGGACAAAAUCGGAACGAUCAUUAGAUGGUGAAAUGGGGUUAAUGAAAAGUGAAAUACAUCGAAUGAACAUAAGAUAUACUCAACUGAAGAAAGCGCAGGAAAAGCUUGUUCAUGAUUUAGAACACUGUGUAAUGCAUCGUGAACAAAUAUUUGUUAGCGCAUCAGUAAAUGAACAUGUAAAGACAAAAAUAACGAAACUGAAAAAUGUUUCUCAAAUUCAAGUCAGACUAGAUGAAGUUCAAAAUAGAGCAAAACUAACUCGAAAUGAAAUAUUAUUUUUGUCUGAAAAACGUUUAACAGAGGAUGUAAAUAAAAUUGAGCGCAUGAUUUAUAUGUUAAGAAGAAUUCAAUCUGAUCUCAAUGACAUUCUUAAAGAUGAUUCUAAUAUUCGGGAAAGAAUAGAGGAAGGUAUUUUAGCUAAGCACGCUAAUUUAGAACAAAUUAUAAGAAAACAAAUGAGAGCCAAAAUAUAUCGAAAACUUAAUCUUGUCAAGUCUCAACAGAAAGUGGCUCGUGCUGAUAUGACUGUGCAACAACUAUCAACAAAGCAAAAUGAACUUAAUGCUGUGCUAAAAGAAAUAGUUCAAAAUCUUAUUCUAGACUAUCCAGAUAAAAAAUCUUUCUUUAUGAAAGUUAUUCAUGUUCUUAAAGAAUAAUAUUUUCUGCCUAAAUAAUAAUAUAAUCUUAUAAAAAAUGUUUAUAUUUAUCAUAUGAGUGUCAAAUGAUAUGUUUAUUUUGAUACUUAAUAAACACUAUUAUAAUAAAAAUAGUGUC